AUCGCACACAGGAAUACGUCCGUGCCACCGCAAACAUGCUUUUAAAGGUUUAGUCGUUGCCCGGACACAAUCUAAAGCAUCAACCAUGUCUUUUUUCAUAGACGACAUUUUGAGAACCAAAGAUUCCUUGGAAAGACUAGAUAAUAAUCAUAAUAAUCAUAGUAUACAUCAAACUAGUGAUAGUAGGCAGAAUGUACCCUUAAGUUAUGAACAUAGUUCAAGUUUUACCCCUGUGGAGAAAAGAAGUGAUACGGUAAAUCUAGGAUUUAGUGACCAAAGAAGUAUUUUGCAUCAGACUCUUAUAAACAGACUGAAUUCGCCUUAUUAUAGAACCAGUGACCAUAGAGGCCCCCCUAUGGAAAACUAUCAACAUUUUUGCUACGAUCCAGGAUACCUUAAUUACUACAGAACACUUUAUGAUAGAGAUUAUUGCUCGAUAAAUCGUCAAAAACCAUGGACACCUUCACCGUACGACAAUCAAGCCAACAACUAUUUAUCAUAUGCGAUGCAAUAUAAAUACAUGUACAGUCCAAGUAAACGAAAAGGUGGACAAGUACGCUUUACAGCGAACCAAACGGACAUACUGGAGAAAAGGUUCUGUUCCAAUAAAUACCUGAGCCCAGAGGAGAGAAAAGUUUUGGCUGAAUCGUUAACUUUAUCAGACAGACAGGUAAAAACGUGGUUUCAGAACAGAAGAGCCAAAUGGCGAAGAAGCAAUUCUGGUGGUGAGCAAUCGCAAGAGAACACAACAGAUGAUGAAACGAAGAAAACUAACGCAGAUAGUAACUAAAUGAUCUUUCUGUGUCUUAUGUCGAAGAGGCUGCUUAUUAGCAAACAAGUCACAAGUUGGCGCUAUUGUAUUUUAACAAUAUUUUGUGAUUUUUAUGUAAAUAAAUAUUCGAUUUGUAUAUAAAUAAACAAUUAAAAACUAAAUAA